AUGACAUUUGACCCCGCGAUCCAGAUACGCAUACGAGAGCUAGAGGAUGACAUCCUUCUGCGCUUGACCGAGUCUUCUGGCGAUGUCACUGAAGAUCGAGCUCUUGUGGAAGGACUGGAAGAGUCGAAGAAACUAAGCAAAGGAAUUACCCAAAAGUUGGCUGAGAUGAAGGUGGCAACCGAGAAGAUCAUUUUCCUAUCCGAGGAAUACAGGGACGUCGCGAGGAGAGGCAGCCUGCUCUUCUUUGUUAUCACUGAUCUUCACAAGAUGAACUCUCUCUACGUGUACAGCCUGAACGCCUUCGUGGCGAUCUUCCAGUGUGGAAUAGACCUUGUGAACGAGGAAGCUCGCGGCAAGAAGCAAGGAUCGGUGAACAACGAAGGGUCGGCACCCCGAAAGAAACGACAAUCGCGGAUGCAAUCUUUCGGGUGGAACCAGGACUUGAUGCGGCAAUCGAUCGAAUUGAGCGAAGAUCAAGUGCGGAAAAGCGUCGGGGGCGUCGGCAACUUCCUGCACAUGGAAGAAAAUGACGAAAGCCCUGCUUCGCGAGACACGGUGGGGAUGGAUGUCCACGACGCUGAUUCGAUGCUUGGUUGUCAUCAUUCGGGUCUCCGGGUGUACGAAGGGACCAUCCUAAGCUCUCUCAAUGCUGAUGCAGCUCUGGAUGAUAAAACUAGCCCAGGCUGCACAAGUAUGAUCUCCUCCCUCUUUUUGUGUUUCGACUCUUUCAGAAUACUACCGGAACACACGUGGAGGUGCUUCAUGGGUUUGGAGCGCCUCGGCGAGGAAAAUGCCGUGUUCCAAGAAAUUGCUGCCAAGUUCGUUAUGUUCGCCGAGGAAUGGGUAGAUUGGUACGAGAGCCCUUGCCCAGAAGAAGAUCCGUUGCCGGGAGACUUCGCCACAGCCGGAGAGAUUCAGACUCUGUGCAUCCUUCGGGUGCUGCGGCCUGACAGAAUAACAUUCGCCCUUCGCAAGUUCGUCUCAAAAGUCUUGGGCGAAAAUUUUGUCGCUCAGCCUCCGUUCUCCAUGCGGAGUGUGUACGAAGAUAGCUCGGCGUCUACGCCAAUCUUGUUUCUCCUAUUUCCUGGCAUGGAUCCUGCAGCGUGGGUUGAAGGUCUAGGGCGAGAGAUGAAUAUCAGCACGACCAACGAGAUGCUGUCCAAUACCUCAAUGGGUCAGGGCCAAGAGUCUAAGGCGGAGCGCACGAUAAAAAAGUUCGUGCAAAAGGGUGGGUGGGUCAUGCUGCAAAACGUUCACCUCAUGCAGUCGUGGCUACCCACAUUGGUCUUGACACUCGAGGGGAUUAGUGGCAAGGUCAACGAGACGUUCCGGUGCUUCCUCUCAGCAGAGCCCCCUCCACUACCCACGAUGCAAAACAUGCCAGAAGCUCUCCUCCAGGUAGCCAACGAGGCACCUGCAGAUCUACGGUCAAACCUGCAGCGAUCUUGGGCAAUGUUCGAUCAGGAGAAGCUCGAUUCAUGUACGGCAGCGAAAGAGUUUAGAGCUUGUCUCUUCGGGCUCUGCUUCUUCCACUCACUUGUUUUGGGUCGUCGACGCUUCGGGCAGCUGGGUUGGUCGCGGUCCUACGGGUUUGCAGCAGGGGACCUCAACAUUUGCGCCAACAUCCUCCACAGCUACUGGGAAGCCGCGGUUUCCGCGGACGGACGCGGUGCACCUUGGCAGGAGUUGCGCUACAUCUUUGGGGAGAUUAUGUACGGGGGUCACAUCACUGACUUCUUCGAUCGUCGAGUAACGACAUCCUACCUGGAGGAAAUAUUUGAUCGAGGGAUUUUCGAAGGGAAACCGCUAGCACCUGGAUUCGCUGCCCCCGAACCAGAGGGCAUGGAUCACCACCUCUAUAGCGUAUAUAUCAAGAAUUCCCUGCCGGAAGAGACGCCGGGCAUGUUCGGGAUGCCAGCGAACGCAGAAACUGGAUACCUGACCAACGCUGCGGAUGAGAUAUUUGCUGCGUUCUCGAGGUUGGAGACUGUGGGUGCCGGUAGCUCUGCAAGCAGACAGCACGAGGAAGAUGAUUCAAGCGUAGCUUCCACAGCAACUGGACGUACGGUAGUACCCGGUUUCACAACGGCAGACUCUAUUCGACAGCGUCUCCUACCUUCCCUGCCAACAAGUUUCGACGUGAACACUAUCGAAGCGCAGGCGAGAAGUCUCCUCGACACGGAGCAGGGUCCCUACGUGGUGGUAGCAGUUCAAGAGUGCAGUCGAAUGAAUGUUCUCCUGUUUGAACUGAAGCGUUCUCUUCUAGAGCUUGUGAAAGGAAUGGACGGUCAGCUUAACAUGACUCAAGCGAUGGAAGAUCUGCAAACAGCCCUUGCCAAAAAUGAGGUGCCAGGGCGUGACCUGUAUAGCACUUGCUCGUGGGAACGUCACGCGUGGCCAUCGCGAAAAACUCUGUCGUCGUGGCUGGCGGAUCUAGUGGAACGGGUUGGGCUUCUUCGGCGGUGGACAGCAAAGUUGUCAACACUUCCGAACCCGUUGUGGCUCCCCGGACUUUUUAACCCAACGGCAUUUCUAACGGCCUUAAAGCAAGUGACUUCGCGCAAGCUCGGCUUGCCCCUCGACAAAAUAACUGUGGAGACCCGGGUGACAUGCAUGGAAACAUCCGAGGAAACCGCGGCAGUCGGAGCCUUGCCACCUCAGGGUGCAUUGGUUAACGGAUUCUUCAUUGAAGGUGCCAGGUGGAAUCGCUGCGGCCAGGCAGACGAAGACGAGGAGGAGCUGGAGGACAUUUCAGCACGGCUCAGGCUGAUUGCAGAGAGAAGAGCGGCUGAGGAAUCUGUGGAGGAAAUAAUGCGGUCGGAAGGCCAUCUGGCCGACUCGCGCCCCAAGGACGUGAUGUCGUGGCUACCUGUUGUCUACGUUAAGGCCGUGCCAGUGGUGAAUGCAUGGACGCCGACUUCGGUGGGGUACAUGCGCGGAGAAAAGGGCCUAUAUGACUGCCCUGUUUAUCUCACGUCCAAUCGUGGGCCACACUACGUUUUCUUGGCGAGCCUCCGUACAGUUGACCCCGCUCGAAAGUGGGUGGUGGCCGGCGUUGCCCUAGUGAUGCAGUCGGAUGUGUAG